AUGAAAAACAAUCAUAUAAUGAGUAUAAUAUUCAUUUUAAUAGCAAUAAUUUUAAAUGAUAAUAAUAAUUAUAAUAGAGUGGUUGGAUCCAUAUUAAGUACUGCUACAUCAACAUUAGAUUGUCAUGAUGUCUUUAUGGGUCAUUUUACAAGUGGAGUUGGUGUUAAUAAAAAUCUUCAAAUCACAGUUAUAAACCCUAAUGGGGUAGUAUCGAUCAGUAGAGAUUCAAUAUCCUAUAUUGAGAAUGGAAACUAUAUAACAAAUGUAAAAUUAUUUCCAACAAUAUUCUCAAAUAACGAACAUUGUAUUCGCAGUCAAUCACAACUUUUUAAUCCAUCUCAAAAGAAAAUAAGUUUUGGUGAUAGAAAUGGAAUCAUCAUUAAUCCAAAUGGGGUUGUCUCAUAUAAACCUAUAUGGAGUACAGUUGGCGAAUUCAAAUUUAAUAUAUCUUGUGAAAAGAAUCUAUAUUAUGGGGUGGAGCAAAAGGCACUUUAUUUCAAUUACAUUUACAAAUGA